AGGGAAGGAGGGGUGGGGAAGAGGGAGGAGGAGAAGCACCUCCUGGCAGGCGAAUUAUGCAUGCACUAAGCGAGCUCUGAGAGAAUGGCUGUGGAAGCUAUCCAUUGCAGUCUAAAUCCAAAUGGUAUCGAUCUCUCUGUCCACACGGAGGGCGUUAACCUGCAACUUGAAGGUGAGAGGGUGGAGUCGUCCUCGCUUAAGAAGGAAAACUCAUCAAAGUUGCCAGACUCGAAAGGAACACCUAAGAGGCAGCAAGGGGACCCAGAAGCAUCUAAGUCAAAUAUUGUAAAACUGACCAAGCCAGUAGCACUGUGGACCCAGCUGGAUGUGUGCAAGUGGCUGAAGAAACAUUGCCCAAAUCAGUAUCAGAUCUACAGUGAGUCAUUCAAACAGCAUGACAUAACUGGCCGUGCGUUGCUGAGGCUUACGGACAAAAAGCUUGAGCGGAUGGGGAUUGCUCAGGAAAGCUUACGGCAGCACAUUUUGCAGCAGGUCCUCCAACUGAAAGUGCGAGAGGAAGUCCGAAACCUGCAGCUGCUUACACAAGCCUCAACAGAGAGUUCUCCGUAAAACGUCACCAGCCUCUAAAGCUGCUGCCCUGCCAGAUGAUAUGAAAGCGAACUUUGCCUUCACGAAAAACAAAGCAUAAGCUACGGCGCUGCCAGAAUAAUGCGACGGACACAAAAUGGAGAAGUAGCCGAAACCUUCAACCGCAUUCUCACUCAGAGAAGCCCUGAGAAGUCUUGGUUUGCUUGCGGAAUUAAGUCACGGUGUAACCCGUGCUCACUUUUCCCAGCUAGUCAUUGGUGGACCCUUUUCGCUGCAAAACGACUUCCGGUUGUCAUCACUGUGCAUAAAACUUUACAUUCCCAAUAGGGGGACUCUCCGUGUUCCUCACUAAAAGUUAUUUUAAAAGCAUGGUAACAACUGAAUUAUCUUAUUGU